AUGGACGAAUUCCAACGUCGACGUAUUCAGCAAAUGUUAGAUGAUGCUAGUGAUGAGGAAAUCUGGGGUGAUAUUUCUAGUGAUGAAAAUGAAGAUGCUGAACAAUCACAAGUUUCGAAUCACAAUACAGACACAGAACAGUCGGGAUACUCGGAUGAAGAUAAUGCUAUUACACGCGAUACUAUUGAUGUUUGUGGUGAAAAAAGUUAUCAUGAAUCUGAUGACGACUUACCUUUGGCUAUGCGGUUGGUCGAUUCGUAUUAUGGUAAAGAUGGUACUAAAUGGAACCGUGAAAAACCACUUCAGAUAAGACGAGCCUAUGCACAGAAUGUUCUUACCGAGAAAUCAGGUGUAAAAGAAACUGCGAGACAAGCGAAAACUAUAGUAGAUUCGUGGUAUAUAUUUUUUCCAAAAUCUAUGUUGGAAAUUAUAGUCAAAUGUACGAACGUAUACAUCCAAAAGGUACGACCAAAUUUUACGAGGGAACGAGAUGCUUCUGACACAAAUAUUGCAGAAAUAAAAGCUGUCAUUGGAAUUCUUUAUAUGAUAGGUGCUAUAAAAUGUGGACACCGAAGUUCGGAAGAUUUAUGGAAAAAGGAUGGAACAGGGGCAGAACUAUUUUCGUGCGUAAUGUCAGAACGAAGAUUCCGGUUUAUACUCCGUUGCAUUAGAUUUGAUGACGUUCGAGGUCGAAGUGAACGACAUAAAAUUGAUAAAAUAACACAUAUACGGACAAUAUUUGAAAUGUUUGUGAGCAGUUGUAAAACGGCAUACUCCAUGUCUGAAUAUACCUGCAUCGAUGAAAAAUUACAAGCGUUCCGUGGAAAAUGUUCAUUUCGUCAAUACAUACCGAGUAAGCCAGCAAAAUAUGGAAUAAAAAUAUUUGCCCUCUGCGACAAUUUAAAUUUUUACACAGGAAAUCUUGAAAUUUAUGCUGGUACACAACCUGAUGGGUCGUUCAAAGUUGAUAAUGGAGCCGCUAGUGUUGUCAAACGGUUGAUUCAACCGAUUUCAAAAACUGGUAGAAAUGUUACUACUGACAACUGGUUUACCAGUGUUGAGUUAGCUAACGAUUUACAAAAUACACAUAAACUUUCACUACUAGGUACUUUACGGAAAAAUAAAAGACAGAUCCCCCCCGAGUUUACUCAAACAAAACACCGAAUUAUAACAUCUUCAUACUUUGCAUUUAGUAAAAAUCAAACGUUGGUUUCAUACAUGCCGAAAAAAAAUAAAAUUGUUUUAGUUCUUUCAACAAUGCAUUUUGAUAAAGCAAUUGAUACAAAUACGAAUGAAGCAAGAAAGCCGGAAAUAAUUACUUUAUAUAAUGCCACCAAAGGCGCCGUCGAUAACAUGGAUCGCAUGACGGAAAAUUAUACAGUAGCUAGGAAAAGUUUCCGAUGGCCAUUGACAGUAUUUUAUUCUAUGCUAAACAUCGGAGGUGUCAAUGCUCAACUAAUAUAUCAAGAAAACUGCCCACAUAACAAAAAGACACGUCUUGAUUUUUUGAAAUGUUUAUCUAGAGAAUUGAUGAAGGAGCAUAUGGAAUAUCGCUGCACUAUCAUAUCAUUACCAAAGGAAAUAAAAAAUAAAAUUGUAAAAUAUGGAUUUCGUGUAAAUGCUACAGAGGAAAUUCAACGAUUUCGACAAUCAGGGAGAUGUUCUUUUUGUGACAGAAAUAAGGAUCGAAAGACAACAAAAGUAUGCACAAAUUGUGCAAGACUUAUUUGCCGUGAUCAUCUCAUAGAAAUGUGUCCAAGCUGCUGUGAAGAAAUGUAA